CACAUGGCUGGCCAAGUGUGUCACCCUAGUAGAGGCCGAGGGGAGCCAUAGCCCCUUGAGAUUUCCUGUAGGGCCUCACUGUGCCUAGUGUAUCUCUUGGUUCAGUGUUGGAAUGUGUUUUUGAAUGAGGAGGGAGAACAUUGACAAGCAAUCUAUCUAUAUUGUAUACCAGGGUGGCCCAGAUAAGGCACUGCACACAAACACCAUCAUCGUUCACCCUCUUAGCCCCAUUGGCCAGUGGUGGAAAGGAAGAAUCUUGUGGACUGCCAUAGGAGAGAAACAUGAGCAAAAAAUCAGGUGUGAGGAGAGUUCAAGGUUUUACAGUGAGAAUAUUUUUUUGGAAAAUGAAGGAAGAGAUGAAGUGAAAAGCAGAAUGUAGAUGAAGAACAGACUGUGUGAAGGGUGAAGCAAAGACUGCCUUCCAAACCACACCAGGAAUCAGAACUGCUCUCUGUCUAGUUAUUGUGUUUUGAACUGUCUCCUUUGAAUGAGUAGAGAGGUGGUGUUUGUGACGGAAGGUAUUUUGCUUCAAUAAACAGUAAAACAUUCUGAGAAGAUAGAGUGUGAAAAGGGGCACUUCACUAUUUUCUAUACCAUCUCCCAGUGUGCACAAGAACACAAUGCUAGAUGUUGUCCUUAUAACUGUUUUGUACUUUUACACCAUUAAGAGGAACAACAAGGAUUAUGAGAUGGACUGGGUUGUGUUCUGUGUGGCUCUACUCCAUCUGGUGGUUGCUCCCUUCACUAAGGUCGAGGAGAGCUUUAACCUUCAGGCCUGCCAUGACCUGCUGUUCAAGGGUGUCCAUCUAGAGGAAUAUGACCACCUGGAAUUUCCUGGAGUGGUGCCCCGGACCUUUGUGGGGCCCAUUGUUGUGUCAACACUGGCCUACCCUGUGGUUGCUCUCUCUAGGCUGCUCGGAUUCUCAAAAUUCUUUGCCCAGUAUGUUGUGAGAGCAGUGCUGGGGCUGCUGGUGGUUCUGGCCUGGAGAAGGUUCCGCAAGCAGCUGGAGAAGCUCUUUGGCCCGUCUGUCACCAUCUGGUUCACUCUCAUCACUGCCUCACAGUUCCACUUCAUGUACUACCUGAGUCGCCCAUUGCCAAACACAUUUGCUCUCGUGUCUGCACUCCUUGCCUUUUCCUACUGGCUGGAGCAAAAACAUGCACACCUGAUAUGGACAUCUGCUGUUGCCGUGUUGAUAUUCCGAUCCGAACUCUGUCUUCUCCUGGGGACAAUGGUGCUGGCAGACUUGUCAACACAGAGACUGCAGCUCCUGCCGUUCAUGAAGAAUGCAAUCCCUGCUGGACUUUGUUGUCUAGGCACUACCAUCGCUGUGGACUCUCUCUUCUGGGGCCGUUUGCUGUGGCCAGAGGGGGAAGUGUUCUGGUUCAACACAUACAAGAACCAGAGUGGGAACUGGGGUAGCUCCCCCAUCUUGUGGUACUGGUACUCAGCACUGCCCCGGGCCAUGGCCUCCAGCCUCUUCCUUGUGCCCUUUGGUGUUGCCCUGGACAAACGCCUGCAGAUCCUCAUCACGCCCUGUAUCAUAUUUGUCUGCCUGUACUCCCUCCUGCCACACAAGGAACUUCGGUUCAUCAUGUACAUCUUCCCAAUUUUGAAUGCUGCUGCUGCCAAGGCCUGCCAUUUCUUCUGGAUGGGGCGAGAAAAGUCUGGGAGCCGGCAGCUGGUGGCGAUCGGGUGUGUGAUACACCUGGUGGUGAACUCGGCCUUCACCACACUGCUGCUCACCAUCUCGGCCAACAACUACCCCGGCGGCACGGCCAUGAUGAGGCUGCACAAGAUAGUGCCGUCAGACACUAAUGUGUACAUCCACAUUGACAACUUUGCUGCCCAGACUGGUGUGUCCCGCUUCACACAGCUCAACGACCACUGGAGAUACAACAAAACGGAGCAGCUCAAGGCGGGCAGUAGGGACAUGAGGUCCUUCUCACACCUACUGGUGGAGGCAAAGUCCAAGUACUCAUACAAUCUUAAGCACUACACAUCCUCCCAUGAAGUUAUGUCCUCAGUGGAGGCCUUCUCUCAUCUCAGCUUCAAUUACCAGCAGUUUCCACCAGUGAAGGUAAGAGUCAAGCCAGCACUCUUCAUCUUGAAAAACCUUGAGAAUGAAAAUGUGGACUGGUCAUGGAUGCACACCAGUCCAGAAGACCUUGAGGAACCUGAGGAGGAAAUGUUAUCAGAGAUGGCUUCAGCACAGCCUUCUGUGGAGGAAGAACCCAUACCAGACGAGCUGCUUCAGGCUGUGGAACCAGAAGAGCAGGAGCAGUAUCUCUUUACCAAAGCAACAGAACGAGAGAUACAGGAAAGUGAGACACCUUACAUGGAUGGCAGUGAGGACGGAGAGGAUGAAAUAGAACCAACUGUGACUGAGACACUGAGAGAAGCCGAAACUGAGGAUGAAUCAGAUGACAAAGAAUAUGAUAUCCCUACAGAACCAAAGCUUCCCGAGACUGGCUGCUUCAGGCCUGAGGGAGGAGGUGAGCCAAGCAUUCCAGGAGCUGAGGAAGACAAUCCUGAGGUGCCAGCAGAGUCUCAGAUGUUCCAAAGUAUUCAGAGUAUUGAAGAAGAGUUGCCUGCCGACCCAGAUGGGCUGAAAACAUUAAGUCAAGAAGAAAGACCCCUUGAAGACUCUCAAACUGUGGACCAAAGUGAGGAGGAGGAGGGAGGAGGAGGGAAGGAGACGAGUAACUUGAUGGACCGACUGCCGAUCUCCUCAUUAACUGUGUGCUCUGAUGACGAUGCUGGUGACAAGCACGACGUUUGGGCCGUGCCUCGGCAGAUACUAGACAAGAUCAAGACUGUUAUUUGGAACAUCACCUUAUUUUGUCUGAUAUGUUAUGCUGGCAUGUCAUUAUACUGACCUCACAUAGAAAACUGAACUUGAAACUUUCACAACCAUAAAACAACUUGUAUUACCUAAUGUUUCUGUUCAUGCUAUCAUCAUUUCAUGGGGAUUUUACACGUGACUAAAUCAAACUACUUCUUCAAUUGGUUCGGUGCUAAAGACUUGUGUUCCAUUAAAUAACACCAUCAAUACUAUGAAAUACUGACGAUAAUAAUGAGUCACCCUGUAUUAUCAUCUGUGGGAUCAAACAGUCAUGUAUGAGGUAUAGCUUCUGUAUUGUUAUAACACAACAGAAAAUGCAAAACAAUGUGAGAGAAUUCUGAACACAAGCAUAUAAGUUCAUAUAUACUUUGUCUUGGACUGGAGACACAGCAGCUGCCUUUUAGAAAGGAGAUGGAUACAAUCUCUUAAGUGAUCAUAUCUAGAACAGAGGAUACUCAGAUGUCAUGAGCCUUUCAAGUAAGAUGUUCCUCCUUCCCUCCAGCUUACACUGUGUCCUGAGAGUGAUGCAUUACUAGACUGGCAAUAAGCACCUGCUGGCAUUACAGUAUUGCUCCAAGAUAAACAACAUUCUUCAGGUUAUCAGUUCCUUUCAGGUCCUGUCACCAAAGAGGCCAGACUGUGUUGUGUCCUAGAUAUAGUGUUGACAGAGAUUUGCUUCCGCUGUGUUGCGACCUAGAUGGCACUGUGAUGUGUUAGGGAGGUGUCUGUAUUGAGCUGUAAUUCUUGUGGGUGUGAUGUAACAUGGUGUGCAAUAGUUGUGAUAAUAUAGGCUAGAUAUUUGCAAACAAGUACAAAUGUGUGCAAGUCAGUUUGGAAUUAUAAUGGUGAUCUUUUAUAUAAAGUUUUUUCAGUUUCUUAGAUCAAUUAUCUUACUGGUUCCAUCAACCUGUUGCAUGCAUUACUUGAUCAAAGAUUCCAUAGUUAUCCUUGUUCAGAAACACCACCAAACUGUCCCGGCAAAACUUAGUUAUAACUACUAUCAGAUAGAAACUAUGAGACAUGAGGCAUUAAGUACACCAGACUACCUACUAUAUUAAAACUGACAUUGCU